GUAUAUGUAGACAUGUAAUAGUAAUACUGUAUAUACUGUUGAAAAUGUAUAGCUAAACAAACAUUUAAAAAAAAUUGGGUAUAAAAUUAAUGUUCAAACACAUGCACUGUCUCUCAAAUCAAUUGACUGCCCAUAUAGUAGAGUCGCGCCAUUUAUUUUUAUAUUUUUUGUUUGUUUGGUUGAGUAAUUGCUACUGUAUAUAAAAAAUUAUUGUGUGCCGGUAUAACAUUUAUUUUAAUUAAUUGUUUGACUAAAUAUUCACAAAAAAAAAACUAAAUAAAAAAUGGUUGACCCAAAACAAGUACCAAACAUAUUGUUGAACAACGGUCUGUCCAUUCCAGUGGUCGGUUUGGGCACCUGGCAGUCCCCACCUGACGGUUCACUAUAUAAGGCCGUUCGGGAGGCUAUCAAAGCCGGCUAUCGACACAUUGACUGCGCGUAUGCCUAUCUGAAUGAGGAGGAAGUGGGCAAUGCUAUCAACGAUGCCAUCAAAGAGGGAGAGGUUAAACGUGAGGACCUGUAUGUUGUGUCGAAAUUGUGGCUAACAUUUUUCAAACGAGACAGAGUACAGGUGUGCAUCAAACGUAUAUUGAAGAAACUCAAUACCCCGUACCUGGAUCUGUGUCUUAUGCAUUGGCCAAUGAGUUUUGCACAGGUAGACGACGAUGUUGUACCUACCGGUACCGAUGGUAUAGUUAUUGACGGUGGUGUCGACUAUCUGGAGGCGUGGCAAGGGUUGGAAGAUGCUGUCCGGGCCGGUCUGGUCAAGUCGAUUGGCAUAUCUAACUAUAAUAGCAAACAAAUUGAUCGACUGUUAGGUUCGGCUACUAUUAAACCGGUUACUAAUCAGGUUGAAGUGCACCCGUAUUUGGCACAAACCAAAUUGAAAGCAUUUUGCGAGGAACGGGGUAUAACAUUGACUGCCUAUUCACCACUGGGUAAUCCCGGUUCGCAAGCAAAUGCCGAAACUGCUAUCAAAGAUAAACUAUUGACGGAUCCCGUGGUUACCCGAUUGGCCCAAAAGUAUAAGAAAAAUGCCGGACAAAUACUAUUGAAAUUUGAGGCCCAAAGAGGUGUAAUAGUUAUACCAAAGUCCGUAAGCGUUGACCGAAUCCGUAGUAAUAUUCAGAUAUUUGACUUUCAAUUGACCGCCGAUGAGAUCCGUGAGUUGGAGUCAUUGGACAGAAACUACAGGAGCUGUGUAUUCAAUAUCAAUGGUAUACCGACUCUACCUAACUAUCCGUUCAACGAUACCAUUGAAUUUUAAAACCAUAAAAUAAUUCAAUGAUAACUGAUUAAAAUUAAAAAUUUAAUUUUUUUCCAAAAAAAAUUUGAUUUUAUAUAUAAAAUAUAAUUGAAAAGUUUAAUAAAAGAAAAGUUCAAAUUUUUAAAAAUAU